CUAACCUCCUUCAAUUUGUACCAUCCAGCCAACCCGUCACCAGUAUAGACACAUCAGAAACAACCACAAUGUCUGCUGUCAAGUACGCAGAAACGGGCAUGGCCGCUGCGCAGGCACACAAGUGGGAUGAGGCCAUCACAAAUCUGAACAAGGCGAUCGACCAGUCCAAAUCUCCACAGUGGCUGUUGUCGCGGUCACAAGCAUUUAUGGAGACCGGGAAUCUUGACAAGGCCCUGCGAGAUGCCGACUUCGCCUACUGCACUGCCGCCGAGCGAGGCAAUGACAAGUCUCGUAAGCAGAUGAUCGAUGCCCAGCACCGCCGCUCCGUCAUUUAUUUCCGCAAGAAGCUCUACGCCAACGCCGAUGCCUGUGCCUCCUGGUCGCAGCAGCUCGCCAAGGGCGUCGCCGUCAAGGCUGCCGAUAAAACUGCUGAUAACACAGACGACAAGGGCUUCUACCACAUCACCGCCGCCGAUAUUGAGCCACGGCGGGAUACUGCCCCAGGCCAGGGGCAGCAUGACGGUGGCGCUGGUAGGUUUGCCCAGGUCUCUUCCCUACUCGGUGGCAGCAAAGGCUCCAGCGGCCCCUACGAGCAGGAGUGGGCUAGGACCCAGUCCUGGCGUACCACCAUCAUCCGCUUUCUCGAGGCACUUCCUGCCGAGGACCCAGCCCGUAGGGUCACCGCCAAGCCUGUGCCCGCGAAACCAUCGCUUGAAGAAGAGGAGGGGGAGUACGUGCAGAAGCCCGACCCGGAGAUCGAAGCGGCCAAAGCUUCUCCUGCUGAGGUGCGGUCCAAGCCAGAGCUCUCCAAUGGCCCCUUCCGCAGCCAAAUGUACCAGUCCGACGCCUCCAUUACUAUCUCACUCUUCAUGAAGUUCGCUUCAAAGGAGGACACGGCCAAAGUACAAGUUGAGCUGCAGCCAAACUUGAUCACCGUUACCGGAGUUCCUCGCGAGCCCUCCACCGCUUAUAUCGUCCCCCACGCUGCGAUCAACCCUGCGAAGUCUACAUACCGUGUUGCCACGAUGAAGAUCGAGUUUAACCUCGCCAAGGCACAACCCGGAAAAUGGCCCAGCUUUGGCCGCGAGGAGCUGAGCCAGCCCGGCCCGUCCACCUUGCCCCAGGCAGACGAGACUGCAAUUCACACCACUCUGGGUUCCAAUACUGCUGCAGCUCAAGCCAGCACACCCAAGGAACCCCCCAAACCCAAGGCCCCCGUGUACCCGACCAGUGCCAAGGGCGGCCCCAAGGACUGGGACCACAUCUCAGCCGAUGACGAUGAAAAGGACGUCGAUGCUUUUUUCAAGCAGCUGUACAAGGACGCUACCCCCGAUCAGCAACGUGCCAUGAUGAAGAGCUUCCAGGAGAGCAACGGCACUACCCUUAGUACUGACUGGGCCACAGUCAGCAAGGAGACGGUCAAGACCAACCCUCCUGAGGGCGUCGUAGCUAAGAAGUGGUCAUCUUGAUAGAAAUGAACCUAGGGGAGAGGAAGUAAUGAGCAGUUGAUGACGGGCAGGAGGCCAGGUCGAAAAGAAGUUGAGCUCCCGAGAUCAGCAUCGUUCUAUUUUCUGCUAUUGAGCUCAGAUGGGAUGUCGGGGGUCGAGUUGAUCAAGGCUCAUUUGCAAGAGGCCGCAAACCUCUCGUUGCUCUCGAUGACUUAUGAAUAGCUAAUCAUUACAGCGCAGCCAGGAGUCCAGGGGUUUCAAAAUUGCCAAAAGCCCGUCAUAUAUUUCUUCACUGUUCCGAGUUCAUGUCAAGUUUGAUCAUCAGUCAUGAGUAGUGUCAACAACUGCGGCUUCACC